GGGACACUUGGAGCUCACCGAGCCUUGUGGUCGCAUCCUGCCGCGGCGUGCACACGCAAGUCAGUGCGCCAUGUGCCCGUGCGGGACAGGUAGUGGAUCCGCUCCACGGCGUCAUGCGUAGCGGCCACCGCGCGAGUCUGCUCCCCCCCCGCUUGAUUUGGCGCUAAAAUAACCCGCGGGAUUUGCGCCGGAGAGCGAGGCUCGGGUCGUGUGAAGAAGAGUUCGGAGUCCGGGAUGAUCCCACAUGAUGCCACCACGGGCCCUUCCUAAUCCUGCCUGGCCGUGGAGGAUCCCCAUCAGUCCCUGGACACCUCAGCACCACAUUUGGCUCCUGCUCAUUCUCCACAUUUGUCAGCCACUGAUCCGUCUUAACGCACUCUUGCCUCACACCGAGAUUACCCACUGAUUUGCUGCUGAGGUUCUGAUAGAGUGGGCGAGCCUAUUUUAUCCUCUGAUGGCAACUUCAAAAGUCAUCCAAAUGUGACAGGAGGUUGCCUGAUGCGCUCAAUACUAAACUUUUUUUUUAGAUUUACCUUAUAAAUUUAAAGCCAAAGGCUCUCAGUCGACGGUUUUGUGCAGGUCUCUGAGGUCAAAGAGACUUCAAAGACGUUGAGCUGCAAAUCUACAAGCAGUCUUUUGGACCUAUCACCAAAACAGGAAAAUGGACCGGGCAGCUUUGUCCUGAAGAAACAUCGCCUGCCUAAGUCUUUUACAAGCUGAUCCAAGCUGUGUACGUUCCGGAUGCUGCCAUGCCCAUCAUCAGUAAUGCUAACCACGACUUCAGCAAUCUGUCCGUCAGUGACGACAGCAGUCUUGACCACAUCUUCACAGAGAUUCCAGAGACUGAGACUAUCAAGGGUGUUUAUUACCAAAGGGCUCAGUUCAUCCGUCAACCAGAGGACCUCGUGUCCGUAGACCACCGCUUACUUGCAGUGAUUAAUGUCGGAGGGAACCGCUACACCUUCCCUUGGACUACACUGCAGCAGUUCCCACUCACUCGCCUGGGACGCCUGUGUGGCUGCAGGUCACCUGAGGACAUCGCCAACGUCUGCGACGACUAUGACGAAGCACGGAAGGAAUUUUUUUUUGACCGCUCGCCAUCCGCCUUCAGGGUCAUCCUCAACUUCCUGGCGGCGGGCAAACUCCGCCUGCUGCGGGAGAUGUGCAUCCUCUCCCUGCACGACGAGCUCACCUACUGGGGCGUGGAGAUGGCCUACAUGGAACGCUGCUGCAAGAGGAAGAUGUACACGCGCAUGGAGGAGGUGCACGAGCAAGAGCGGCAGGAGGAGGAGCGCAGGCAGAGGAAUGCCAUGCAGCGAGUGCCCGUGGAGGAGACCACGUACCGGAAAGUUAUGAACUGGCUCAGAGACAUGGUGGAGAAUCCGCAGUCUGGCUUGCCGGGGAAGAUCUUCGCCUGCCUGUCGGUCAUCAUGGUGGCGGUGACUGUGGUCAGCUUGUGUAUCAGCACCAUGCCUGACCUCAGGGAAGAAGAGGAUAGGGGCGAGUGCUCGGCCAAGUGCCACAACAUGUUCAUCAUAGAGACGGUGUGCGUGGCCUGGUUCUCCCUGGAGUUCGCCCUGCGCUUCAUUCAGGCCCGCAGCAAGUUGGACUUCCUCCGCGGGCCGCUCAACAUCAUCGACGCCAUGGCCAUCCUGCCUUACUACGUGUCCUUGGUGGUGAAAGAGGAGGACCCGUCCAUGGAAAACGAUCGCCCGGGUGGAGGCAAAGGCUACUUGGACAAGCUGGGUCUGGUGUUGAGGAUCUUACGGGCGUUGAGGAUUCUUUAUGUGAUGCGAUUGGCCCGUCACUCUCUGGGCCUGCAGACGCUAGGACUGACGGUCAGGCGCAGCACACGGGAGUUCGGCUUGCUCUUGCUUUUUCUCUGCGUUGCCGUCACCCUCUUCUCCCCGCUGGUCCACCUGGCUGAAAGUGAGCUCACGGGCACCCACGACUUCAGCAGCAUCCCCGCCUCGUACUGGUGGGCCAUCAUCUCCAUGACUACCGUUGGCUAUGGCGAUAUGGUGCCCAGAUCCAUCCCCGGACAGGUCGUGGCCCUGAGCAGCAUUCUCAGUGGGAUCCUCAUCAUGGCCUUCCCCGCUACCUCUAUCUUCCACAUGUUCUCCCGCUCCUACCAAGAGCUGAAGAUGGAGCACGACCGCUUGUUCAAAGAGGAGUGCGCCGCAGCUGCGGCCGCCGCCGCCGCCGCAGCCAACGCCGCCGGGGAUCUGCAUGAUGCAGGAGAGGGCGUCGAUGGAAAACUGGAGGACUCUGCAGCUCUCGGACUCGGAUUCCAUCUGGAUAAGGAUCGCAAGCACUCACUUGAGUCUCUGGCUCUGUUAGGGAAAGGCGACGAGGCUGCAGCGAAUAAUCACAGCGUGCCAGCAGCCGCUUUCUGAACGACCUCCACAUUUCUUGCUGUCAAUCCAAACCUUCCAGCCUCCUCGCCACAUAAAAUGAAUCGACCAUUUCCCCAGCAAAAGGUCUCCCCUUUCCAUUUGUACCCAGAAUACAUUAAAAAUAUGGAGAUUACAUCCGUUGCAUUUAUAUCGCUCUCCAGGGUGCUGAUGUGGGGCCCCGCAAGUGGAUGUGAGCGAAGACAUUGGACCGAGAGACCGUUUUUAACCCUUUAAACCCAACGGUGCAGGUCGUCUUAUUGAAAGCCUCCGCAGCAAUAUCCGUAACUGCUUGCUUCCAUAAACAUGCAAUACCCAAAGUUGCUUUUUUUCUUCCACUGUGAAAAAAAAAGAAUACUUUGCAUCUUAAAGUCUACUAAGUAUUACUACUGCUUAUUGAUAUGUUGCCUAGAGUAUGAACUGUAAAUGACUCAUUGGAGACUUCAAUAGUCAAACCUGCAGAAUUUAAUGAGAUCCAUUACAAGGAAUAAGCAAUUCUAUACCUCUGUUUACUACAACUAUAAUAGUCUAUUCUGACUUAGACCUGCUCAGUGGCCUAGUGGUUAGAGCAGGGGUGUCCAAAUUGUUUCCACUGAGGGCCGCACACGGAAAAAUGAAAGCAUGUGGGGGCCAUUAUUGAUAUUUUUCAUUUUCAAACCAUAACAAAAUAUAUGGAAUUUUUUAUUUUAUUUUACCUUUAGGGGUCCCGGGGACCAUAAUGGGUCUCAGUUAUUAAAAUGUUAAAAAUAAGUCAAAUUUUUAUUAUCAUUUUUUAUUUAACGCUUACAGUAAAUCUCUAUAUCAACUUUUUUUUAAAAAAAGGUUUUAUGGCUUUUCUGUCAAAAACAACUUUGUUUUUUAUAGUAAAACUGAAAUAUGCAGUAUUUAGUAAUUAGAGCCCUAAAAGAUCAAUAAUGCAGGACACCAUUGAUUUUAAUUCUUUAAUAUUUUUGAGUCAUCACAGUGAAAAGAUACAUAAAAUACCACUAAAUAUAUUUGGGAUCCAAAAGGAGCCCCACUCAUAAAGUGAUACAUUUGUAUUUAUUUAUUUUUUGCUUUCAACACUUAAGUUACGAGAUCAACUUCAGAUAUAUCUGUCGAUUUUACGUUUGAACUAUUAUUUUGUUUGUUUUAUGCUCUUUUGUCAAAGAAAACUUUGUUUUUAUAUGGCAACUACACAAUAUAUGCAAUAUUUACCACAUAAAACAUUUUAAAGUGAAAUAUUUGAACUAAUUGUAGCUUUGAAAAUAAUUCAUUAUAACAUGGAUUUUUUUUGUCUUUUUUUUUUUUUUUUGAGCAAUGGCAAAAAAAUAAAAAAUAAAGAAAGACAAAAUAAAUUAAAAAAACAGCCUGCAUGGCAGUUUUGUGUCAACAUUGCAACUUUCUCUUGUUAGAUUUCACCUCAUUACGCUUUUUUUAAUGUUCUUUUUUAUUUUUGCAAUAGCAUUUCCAGAAUGUGUGGCGGGCCGGUAAACAAUUAUGGCAAAUUGCCCCCGGGCCGCACUUUGGACACCCCUGGGUUAGAUUGUCCGCCCUGAGAUCGGUAGGUCUUGAGUUCAAACUCCGGCCGAGUCAUACCAAAGACGAUAAAAAUGGGACCCAUUACCUCCCUGCUUGGCACUCAGCAUCAAGGGUUGGAAUUGGGGGUUAAAUCACCAAAAAAUUAUUCCCGAGCACGGCCACCGCUGCUGCUCACUGCUCCCCUCACCUCCCAGGGGGUGAACAAGGGGAUGGGUCAAAUGCAGAGGACACAUUUCACCACACCUAGUGUGUGUGUGACAAUCAUUGGUACUUUCACUUUAACUUUAGUAUUUAUGUUGUUUAUGGAUCUCAUUAAAUAGUGUGGCCAAUGAUUGUAGGUCAUACAGUGGAACCUCCAAAGUCCAACAUCUCCAAAGAUGGUACAUUCUGGAGAAAAUGCCUCAAAAGUCCUGAACCCUGGAGUUUAAACCAUCAUCAAGCGUGACGUCAGGCAAGAUCGGCCUAAACUCAUUGAGGACAACCUCCACAGGUGUGUUUUGUUUUUUCUUUGGCUUUUAUAUGGCGCUGACAUGGAAGGGAACCAGUGAGAGAAGACCCUAAAACGGUCUGUAGAACAUAUUGUAACAUCUGUCUGUUUAGUACAAUAUGAGCAAUACUAUUAAUUAGAUAUAAAUAUUAGUGCCGUCAUUGUUAAUGGGAUUAUUCACAGGGUUGCUGUGGAUUAGUUUUAAUGAGUCACAAUUAAAUACAAUUCAUUUUAAUAGUGUUUCAUUUAGCAUGGGCAAAGAGUCUCCAGAAAAAAGGGACUAAGCAUGUUGAUUUAACAUCAUCUUAACAUGUUUUUAUACACAAAAACAUAUUGCCACAUUAAUGUGGACCUGUGACUAGGGCUGGAUGAUUAAUAGAAUUUUGAUUUUGAUUUCAUUGUUAGCUUCUCACUAGCAUAGAAAACAACAUAAUCGAAGAAAAACAAUUAGAGCCUGGUCUACUUAAGGUUUGCAUGUAUUAAAACAUGUGGAAACAAGAUAGCGUACGCUAUGAGGGUCUACUGGGCUUGUGCGAAGAGGAUUGUGACUCUUAAAGGCCUCCUGAAAGCCACUACUACCGACCACACAGUCUGAUAGUUUAUAUAUCAAUGAUGAAAUCUUAACAUUGCAACACAUGCCAAUACGGCCGGGUUAACUUAUAAAGUGCAAUUUUAAAUUUCCCGCUAAACUUCCGGUUGGAAAUGUCUUUGGAUGAUGCGUAUGCGCGUGACGUCACGACGGCAACGGAAGUAUUCGUACCCAAUGUGUCACCAUACAAACUGCUCUGUUUUCAUCUAACAAUUCCACAGUAUUCUGGACAUCUGUGUUGGUGAAUCUUUUGCAAUUUGUUUAAUGAACAAUGGAGAUUGCAAAGAAGAAAGUUGUAGGUGGGAUCGGUGUAUUAGCGGCUGGCUGUAGCAACACAACAAGGAGUACUUACUUGGAUAGCAGACGCGCUAGCCGAUGCUAGCCGCCAACGCAUCUGUGAUCGGGUGAAGUCCUUCGUCGCGCCGUCGAUUGUUGGAACGCAGGUGAGCACGGGUGUUGAUGAGCAGAUGAGGGCUGGCUGGCGUAGGUGGAGCGCUAAUGUUUUUAUCAUAGCUCUGUGAGGUCCGGUUGCUAAGUUGCUAAGUUAGCUUCAGCGUCGUUAGCAACAGCAUUGUUAAGCUUUG